CUCGGCUUCUGGAUAUCAUAUGUAGGGAGCUCUACCUGCCUAAACCUAGGUACUACAUCCACCAGAAUCUACCUAAGGCUAGAUACUCUCCUCGAGCCUUCGACCAUCUUCCACCUCCAUUUGCCUAUCUACACAUCGGGUGGGAUAUACUGUUUUCCUGCCAGCAUCCUGCCAGUAUUGCCUUUUGAAUCUUUACGUGUACACCGAUUUGCUGCCAAUAGCGAUCUGUUGAGCGGAGGAGACUCCUAUCUUUACCGCCAGCCCAUUCACCCAAACAACCGCCCGUCGGCCAAUCCUUCAUCCUCCCGAUUCAUGAAGUCCUGUUUCAACAGUAAUUGACCUGAUGUGGUAGCCUAGAGCUGCCAUCACCAGCUUCUGUUCGUCAUCGUCACUCUGAAUCUCCUCUCGACUCGAACCACGUCCAAUCCGAUCUCCACAAGUCUCGGCGUGGGCGAUAAUCUCCUUACCUAAUCACCCGACUAGACAACCUGACGCCUCACCAGCUCGAUUGCCGGACAAACAACAAACCAGCAACUAUCCCGCUUACUGCUCCAACUUGGAGCCCAGCGAGCAUUUCUCAACAUGGCGCCGCCGACUAUUCGGCUCGUCGGCCUCGCUGCAAUUUCCCUAGCUGGUAUGGCUGUUGCACAGAAGAACUAUACCCAUAUCGACAUGAUGCGGGCGCAGAUGGCUCUUAUGGAUGAUAGGCCCGGUGACUGUCCACCAUGCUUCAACUGUCUCCUAUCUCCAUAUAAAUGCGGCCAAUUCGCCGACUGCAAUCCAUCUAGUGGGCAAUGCGAUUGCCCUGCGGGUUUUGGAGGACAAGACUGCCUUGAGCCAACAUGCGGCUCAUUGGCACGUGGCAAAGACCGACCGAUAAGAUCUGGCGAUACUUGCGAUUGCGAUGAUGGCUGGACUGGUAUCAAUUGCAAUGUCUGUACUGAGGAUAAGGCUUGCAAUGCUUUGAUGGAAACCGGAGAGGAUGGCGUUUGCUAUCAGAACGGUGAAGUGGUCAAGAAUAACUACCAAAUGUGUGGCGUCACCAACGAGAAGAUCUUAUCCAUGCUCGAAGGCAAGAUCCCUGAUGCUACCUUCACCUGCGACAAGGAAACUGGUUUCUGUGACUUUCAAUUCUGGGUUGAUCGAGUCGAGUCCUUCUAUUGUCACCUGGAGAACUGCGAGUCAAGCGCAACAUUCACUUCCGAUAAAAACAGUACCCAUUACAAGUGUCCUGGUGUCCAGUGUAGCUGUAUUAAGGACCGGUUCCUUUGCGGCCUCGAAGGUUCUAUCGAUCUGACCGACUUUCUGAAAGAAUCUGUUGAGGGCCCAGCCACAUUUGAGUGCCUACAGCAAGGUGGUGGUGUAAACGAGUGCAAGUUCAGGGAGCCGCAGUUAGACUGGAUGGUGCGAAGCAUUUUCGGCGAUGAGAGUAUUCAACUGGAAUGUCGAUCCGGUGAAUGUCUCUACCACACCGAGGUGCCUGGGUAUCAACGACCUGUCAAGACCAUAAAUACUCCAUUGAUCGCCGGCGUUAUCGCUGGAUGCUCUCUUUUUGUUGUGGCUGUCAUUCUGAUAACAUGGUAUCUCUCGCGCCGCCAGUUCAAGUACGGGCCUAUUCAUCUAGACGACUCUGAUGAUGAAAAUACAAAACUUAUGGCAAACCAUAAGCCCGCCACGCUAUACUACGAAAAUGUUAGCUACGGGCUAAAUGGAAAAACUAUUCUGAGCGAUAUUCGCGGAAUAGCCCAUCCAGGAGAGAUCACUGCUAUCAUGGGUGCUUCCGGCGCGGGGAAGACUAGUUUUCUAGACAUUCUUGCUCGAAAGAACAAGCGAGGCCAUGCUUCUGGAGACUUCUAUGUUAAUGGCGAAAAGGUCACCGAUGCCGACUUUAAGAGCGUCAUUGGAUUCGUUGACCAAGAGGAUACAAUGCUACCUACUCUCACGGUUCAUGAGACCAUCUUGACUAGCGCGCUUCUUCGACUUCCUCGACAUAUGGGCCGCGCCGCUAAAGAGCAGCGGGUAUAUGAGGUCGAAAAACAACUUGGUAUCUAUCAUAUUCGGGACUCUUUGAUUGGCUCUGAAGAGGGCAAGGGACGUGGCAUCUCAGGUGGAGAAAAGCGCCGUGUUGGUAUCGCCUGCGAGCUUGUUACGAGUCCAUCGAUUCUCUUCCUCGACGAACCGACAAGCGGUCUAGAUGCCUAUAAUGCAUAUAAUGUGAUCGAAUGUCUAGUUACGCUGGCCAAAACCUACAAGCGAACGGUCAUCUUCACCAUUCACCAACCAAGGUCGAACAUUGUUGCCCUGUUCGAUCGCCUCGUUCUCCUAGCUCAAGGCAAGACCGUGUAUUCAGGUCCCUUCUCUCGAUGCCAGGAUUAUUUCGACCAAGUCGGCUACGCAUGCCCGCCGGGAUUCAACAUCGCCGACUAUCUUGUGGAUCUAACUAUGCAUGCCAGCAACGCUGGAGUGUUUGAUGAUGGAAGUCUACUGAAUGACACCGCGAGUAGCAUUGGCCCUAGCAGCACCCAGGCUGUCAAAUCAGUUGCUAGUAUCUCCGGUAACACUACGGCUGAAGAAAGCUCUAUUGCUGAACCAUCUUCGAGCCGACCAAAGAACAAGCGCAAGAAUUCUGUCAGGGCACGCCAAGAACGAGAACUAUUCACUCGGCGCAAGAACACUGCUGAUACAGCUGCGUCGUCUGAUGUGGAAGAAGAAGUUGGUGCUUACAAACUUCACAAACAGCCGGCUGGUGUUGUCCCGCCACAGAUCAUCGUCGAAGACGUUCACGACCUUCCUCCAACCGCCACAACCAAUCUAGAUAGUCUUGUUCAGUCAUUUGCGGAAUCUGAUAUUGCGAAUGGUAUCCACGAAGAGAUUCAUCAGGCUGUGACUGUUGCACGUGAGGCGAAUGGACAGAAUGGUCUUUUGAUUGGAAAUGGCAACGGUAGCGCAAUUGGUCGUGGUUAUGCCCGAGUUAGUUAUCUACGACAGUUCAUCAUCUUGUCACAACGCACGUGGAGGAAUCUCUAUCGCAACCCGCUGCUCAUGCUUACCCAUUACGCCAUCGCCAUUGUUCUUGCAGUUCUUUCUGGGUAUCUCUUCUACGGUCUGACAGAUGAUAUACCUGGCUUCCAGAACCGUCUAGGCUUGUUCUUCUUUCUUCUCGCUCUCUUCGGCUUCAGCACACUCACCAGCCUCAAUGUUUUUGCUUCAGAACGACUCUUGUUUGUUCGUGAGCGAGCAAAUGGAUAUUAUUCCCCUAUCACAUAUUUUGUGGCAAAAGUCGUGUUUGACAUAGUUCCUUUACGAAUUAUCCCACCUAUUCUCAUGGGCGCUAUCAUUUACCCCAUGACCGGCCUUAUCCCAGAUGCACCACACUUCUUCACCUUCAUGUUGACUUUGGUCCUCUUCAACCUCGCAGCUGCCGCCAUCUGCUUUUUCAUUGGCAUCGUCUGCAAAGACAGUGGCGUGGCCAAUCUGAUUGGUAGCUUGGUCAUGUUGUUUUCACUGCUGUUUGCUGGACUCUUGUUGAAUCACAACAAGAUCCCAGAUGCGGCAUUGUGGCUACAAUCUCUGUCCAUAUUCCAUUAUGGUUUCGAAGCCCUCAUCGUCAAUGAGGUGGUCAAAUUGACACUAGUUGACAAGAAAUAUGGACUAGAUAUCACGGUGCCAGGUGCCGCAAUUCUGAGCUCGUUCGGUUUCGAUAACGGCGCGAAGUGGAUGGACAUUCUGAACCUCGGCAUCUUUGCUGCCAUCUUUGUGGUUCUAGCUUAUACGGCAAUGCACUUCUUGCUCGUGGAGAAGAGAUAGGAUGGAGAUAAUGGCUACACUUCUGAUGCGUGUAUAUCACUGGUGGCGAUACCAAGUCUUUUUUUUGGUGGAUUGAUAGAAAUCUAUUGUAUGCAAACCUGCAACACUUGGGUGCAGCCUGGUGAUAUAUUUUCUUUUUAUAUAUGCAUAUGGAUGGUCACUAUGGUCACGGAUGGCGUUUUUUAGGUGGUUAUCUAUCGUAUUAUCCUCGAAUUGAUUAAAUACAAUUGAAAGAUAU